AAAAAGAAGUUAUCCCAUAUAACAAACUUCUCUACCAUUAGCAUAAACUCUCUCUUCACACAACACCAAAAAAUGUCCAUUCCCGCCAUUUCUCUACCAACUAACAUAACUGUCACAACUACCAUAACAGCCACUUCAAACUUCAAAAACCUUAACAAAAAAACACCCACAAAACCCUUCAAUUCAACUCUCAAAUCACUCACAAAAUCCGGAAAACUCGACGAAGCUCUUCUCCUAUUAGAAUCCAACAAAUCAUCUCAAUUCGAUAUCGAAUCUUAUUCGUCUCUCCUCCAUACAUGUAUCUCAAAAAAAUCAGUAGAACAUGGUCAUAGAAUAUAUAUUCACCUUCUUUUAAAUCCAAACAAAACUUAUCUCAACAACCCUUUAAUAUUAUCUAAGUUAAUAACCCUUUUCUCUGUUUGUAACCAACUAGAUGAAGCUCGUAGGAUUUUCGAGCACGGGGUUGGAAAUGAGGAUCGACCUGAAUCAGUUUGGGUCGCAAUGGGAAUUGGGUAUUUAAAAAAAAAGUGUUUUAAAGAAGCAUUAUUGGUUUAUGUUAGAAUGUUGUUGGGGUUUAUUGAACCGGGGAAUUUCGCGUUUUCGAUGGCUUUGAAAGCUUGUUCAGGGAUAUCGAAUUUGAGGGUAGGUAGAGGUGUUCAUGGACAAAUUGUUAAAGGUAAGAAAGAACCUGAUCAAGUUGUGUAUAAUGCUCUUAUGGGAAUGUAUAAUGAGUGUGGGAGUUUUCGCGAUGUUUUGAAGGUGUUUGAGGAAAUGCCUGAGAGAAAUGUUGCAAGUUGGAAUUCGUUUAUCGGGGGGUUUGUUAAGAAAAGACAGGUUUUUGAGGCGUUUGAUAUGUUUAGGAGAAUGCAAAGAGAGGGUGUGGGGUAUAGUUGGGUAACUUUUACGACGAUUUUAGCUGUAUGUUCUCAGGUUACAUAUCUUUAUUAUGGGAGAGAGGUACAUGCACAAAUUGUUAAAGCAAAUAAAAUUCCUGAUGUUGUUUUGCUAAACUCACUUUUGGAUAUGUAUGCGAAAUGUGGAGCAAUGGAGUAUUGCAGAAGAGUGUUUGAGAGAAUGAAGUACAAAGACAUAACAUCGUGGAAUACUGUUAUUAACGGGUAUGCAAUCAAUGGGUUAAUGGAAGAAACAAUGAAGUUGUUUGAUGAAAUGGUCGGUAGUGGAGUAAGACCGGAUGGGGUGACAUUUAUCUCUUUGUUGUCUGGCUGUAGCCACGCAGGGUUUGCGGACUUAGGCGAGGAAUUGUUUGAUAGCAUGACGGCAGAUUUUGGAAUUCGGCCUUCGAUGGAGCAUUAUGCUUGUCUUGUUGAUAUAUUAGGUAGAGCUGGGAAAAUUAAAGCAGCACUGCAAGUAGUGGAGAAAAUGCCUGUUAAGCCUAGUGGAAGCAUUUGGGGCUCACUGCUCAAUUCAUGCAGACUUCAUGGAAAUGUUUCUCUUGCGGAACUCGUGGCAGAGCAGUUAUUCGAGAUGGAACCUAACAACUGCGGGAAUUAUGUGAUGCUGUCAAAUAUAUAUGCAAAUGCAGGGAUGUGGGAGGGAGUUAAAAAAGUGAGGCAGAUGAUGGAGAAUAAGGGAGUAAAAAAGGAGGCUGGAUGCAGCUGGAUACAGGUUAGAAAUAAAGUAAACACUUUUAUAGCUGGUGGUGGUUUUGAAUUUCGUAAUUCGGAUGAAUACAAGGAAGUUUGGGAUGAAUUAUCAGAAGCUAUUGAGAAAAUGGGGUAUAAGCCUGAUACAAGAGUUGUGCUUCAUGAUGUAAACGAGGAAACGAAAGUAGAAUGGAUAUGUGGACACAGCGAACGGCUUGCUACAGUAUUUGGUUUGAUUCAAACUGGUUCCGGUAUUCCAAUUAGAGUGACGAAAAAUAUUCGUAUUUGUGCGGAUUGUCACUCUUGGAUGAAGUUUGUGUCCAAAAUAACAAGAAGAAAGAUUAUAGUGAGAGACACAAAUCGGUUCCACCAUUUUGAUGAAGGGAAAUGCUCUUGCAAUGAUUACUGGUGAUUCUCGUAGUUUAAUUUUGUAAGUACUCCCAUUAAGAUUUUUUUCUGAGCUAUGUACUGAACCAGAAAAAUAAUUGUUCUUUCAAAACACAUUCUUGUCAUUUGUAUGAAGAUUUCCCGCUGAAAAGAUGUAAUUCUUAGUUUACUUUUUAGAAGUUGAAAGAAUUGUGUGAACCCGGCAUAUAGCUCUAUGGAAAAAGUACACAAUCCACAUUCAAGAGCUUCA